AUGGAAGAGUAUCUGAAUCAAUUCAAAGUGAUAGCUAAUCAACUUGCUUUAGUAUCUUCACUUGUUGAUGAUGAAGAUCUUGUUCUUCUGAUUUUGAAUGGUUUGCCUGAUGAAUACAAUGCCUUGAAGACUACUGUACGUGCUAGAUCAGGUCCUAUCUCUAUAGAGCAACUGUGCUCUCUACUUUGUUCUGAAUCUAUUCAUAUAGAGGCUUCUCUUAAGCACAUGCACGCUGCUGAAGCUCCAGGUCUUUUUGCUUACAACACACACAGAGGCAAUUUUUCUAACAGAGGAGGUCAUAGAGGCCAUUAUAGAAGCAGAGGUAAUUUCAUAGGCAGAGAUGGAGGCAGCUCAAGUACUCUCAUCCACAGUGGAAACAUCAUGCCAGAUCUAUUGAAAGCCUCUUCCUUGCUAUCUCCCAUUGCCAAGAGGCUAGAAGGUAAAGUGGUGGUGAUAACUGGCGGCGCCAGCGGCAUUGGCGAGGCGACCGCUAGGCAUUUCGUACAGCACGACGUCAAGGUCAUAAUCGCGGAUAUCCAAAACACCGUCAUCUCCUCCACCUCCACCGAAUCCGUUUCUUUCGUACACUACGACGUGAGCAACGAGCGCGACGUGGAACACGCAGUGGACACCGCCAUCGCCAAACACGGCAAACUCGACAUCAUGUUCAGCAAUGCCGGGAUCGGCGGCAAGUUCGAUCGCACAAUCAAAUCCCUCGAUUCCCAAGAUCUCAAGCGAGUCUUCGACGUCAACGUCUUCGAUGCUUUCUACUGUGCAAAACAUGCCGCCAGAGCAAUGAUUCCAAACAAAAAAGGCAGCAUUGUGUUCACAGCGAGCGCGGUUUCUGCGAUUUAUGGAUCGAUUCCUCACCCUUACACGGCGUCGAAGAACGCCGUGGUGGGGCUGGCGAAGAACUUGUGUGUGGAGCUCGGGAAGGAUGGGAUAAGAGUGAAUUGUAUUUCUCCGCACGCUAUGAACACGCCGAUUCUGAUAAAUGGGCUGGGGAUGAAGGAGGAGGAGGUGGAAGAGCUGGUUUGCGAGUCGGCCAACUUGAAAGGAGUGAGAUUGGAAGUAGAAGAUGUGGCCGAGGCUGUGGUGUAUUUGGGGAUUGGUGACGCUAAGUAUAUGAGCGGGGUCAACCUGUUGAUCGACGGUGGUUACAGCACCACUAAUCCGGCUUUCAUAGAGCUCUUCAACAAGAUAUCUUUGUCUGCUUAUGUGGCUGGUUCCCUAUUUGACAAGUGUUUAGAUGCCAUUGGUGCUUGGUUCAACAUUGGGUUCUCAAGGGUGCUGGGUUUUAGUACUUGGAGCAUGAAUUGGGCUCUAAGUCAUGGGCCAAAACCUUUUGUGGGCCCACCGAUGUCAGUAAUCCCUUAUUCCCAAGUGCAGCUUUAG